GCGACCCCCUCUCUCUCUCUCUCCGUCUCUCCACCCCCAGCCGGGAUUCACAACCUGAAGAAAAGUGCUCGGACGUAGACACACAGCGGAUCUACAGUACCAACAGCUGAAAACAAUUUAAAAAUCAGUCGUGUAAACUUUCUGCUGCACAUGCAUUUCAGCGUUUAGCUCCAGACUCAAACCGGACCAUGGUGCCGAACUAAAAGGCAUGUGGUAGCGAGACGGAGCAGAGAUUUCUCAUUUCCACGUAAAGUUUUAGAGGACCCAGGGCUUCGUGUGGAUUUUUUUUUACUCCUUUUCUUUUUCAUGGAUGCAACUUAAACACGUUAAGCACGAAGGGAAUAGUUUACCCGCAUGCUCUCUUUUAACAAGACUGACUUGGAGAUUUAUACUGGGACAUAAAGUGCGCUUCGAGUGCUAAACAUCCAGCGUGCCAACACCCCCACCCUACCCCACCCCAUCCCCUCCCCUGCUUCGCACCGGGCCGUGGCUCUUCCACCAGGUCAAAGGUCAUGUGCAGAAUGGUGCCCAACAUGGCCGUGCUGCUGUGUGUGAGCAGCCUGCUGCUGUCUCCGUUGCUCGGUGGCUCCCUUGCCUUGUCUCCACCUAGGUUCACCAAAGUUCCCGUAGACAUGAUUGGUGUCUCUGGAGGAGUGGUGUCCUUCGUAUGCCAGGCAACAGGUGACCCCAAGCCAAGAGUGACCUGGAAUAAAAAAGGAAAGCGUGUCAACUCUCAACGCAUCGAGACCAUAGAAUUCGAUGAAGGUGCAGGAGCUGUGCUCCGUAUCCAGCCUUUGAGGGCUCCACGAGACGAGAACAUUUAUGAGUGUGUGGCAGAGAAUAGUGAAGGCGAGGUCAGCGUGCAGGCUAAGCUGACUAUCAUCAGAGAGGACCUGCUUCCUCAAGGCUUCCCCAACAUUGACAUGGGUCCCCAGCUGAAGGUGGUAGAACGCACCCGCACAGCCAACAUGCUCUGCGCUGCAAGCGGCAACCCCGAUCCUGAGAUCACCUGGUUCAAAGACUUCCUGCCGAUUGAUCCCAGUACGAGCAAUGGGCGGAUCAAACAACUCAGAUCAGUGGGUACUCCUAUCCGAGGAGCCUUGCAGAUCGAAAACACAGAGGAGACUGAUCAGGGGAAGUACGAGUGUGUAGCGACUAACGUGGAAGGCGUGCGCUACUCUUCCCCUGCCAACUUGUAUGUGCGAGUCCGGCGUGUGCCCCCUCGAUUCUCCAUCCUGCCCACCAAUCAUGAGAUCAUGCCAGGCGGCAGCAUCAACAUCACCUGCGUGGCAGUGGGCUCACCCAUGCCUUAUGUCAAGUGGAUGCUUAACUCGGAGGACCUGACACCGGAGGAUGACAUGCCAGUCGGACGGAACGUUCUGGAACUGAACAGCGUGCAUGAGUCUGCCAACUACACCUGCGUGGCCAUGAGCAGUCUGGGCAUCAUCGAGGCUGUGUCCCAAGUCAUUGUUAAAUCCCUGCCCAAGCCUCCAGGUACACCAGUCGUUACUGAAACUACAGCCACCAGCAUCACUAUCACGUGGGACAGUGGCAACCCCGAGCCUGUUUCCUAUUACAUCAUUCAGUACCGUGCCAAAAUCCCAGACAGCAAGUUCGAGACCAUGGACUCCAUCACUACCACUCGCUAUAGUAUUGGCGGCCUUUCACCCAACACUGAGUAUGAGAUCCGGGUCUCCGCCGUGAACACCAUCGGCCAGGGUCCAGCCAGCGAACCAGUGGAAGCCAGAACGGGGGAGCAGGCUCCUGCCAGUCCUCCCCGGAACAUCCAGGCCAGGAUCAUCUCCCACAGCACCAUGAUGGUGCGCUGGGAAGAGCCAGAGGAGCCCAAUGGCCAAAUCAAGGGCUACCGUGUUUACUACACCAUGGACCCGUCUCAGCCAAUGAGCAUGUGGCAAAUCCACAACGUGCAAGACAGCACAAUCACGACAAUUCAGAACCUUGUAACCUCUGAGACCUACACUAUCCGUGUGCUGGCUUUUACCUCAGUAGGAGACGGACCAUUUUCAGAUUCCAUUCACGUCAAAGUGCUACAAGGAGUUCCUGGACAGCCAUCCAAGUUUCAGAUUGGGGAGGUGUCGGACACCAGCAUUGAGCUGACCUGGGAGCCAGCAUUCGACAAAGAGGGGAUCAUCAGUUAUGAGCUUCGUUAUAAAGAAGGCAGUCAAGGGAGUCAGGUAACAAAAUCAUUCAGCCCGACCUCGUCCUAUGUGGUGGAGGGUCUGCGAGCGAACACAGAGUAUUACUUCUCCCUGGCGGCUAUUUCGAACAAAGGCAUUGGUGCCUUCACCAACGAAAUCUUUCAGAAGACAUCCCAGGCCAAGCCAUCCGCCCCCCCUCAGGAGGUUAAAUGCUCCAGCCCUAGCUCCACCUCUCUGCUGGUAAGUUGGCGCCCCCCGCAUUCUGAGAGCCAGAAUGGCCCGCUGGUGGGGUACAUAGUGCGCUAUGCAGUGGCGGGGGGCGGAGCUGGGGUCGGGGUCGGAGUCGGAGCUGAGACUACAGAGGAGCUUCAAGCACCAGCCACCUCCACCGAGAUAAUGCUGCAGCGACUGGAGAAGUGGACAUCGUACCGUGUGAGCGUGGCUGCAGCCACCGCUGUGGGCCCGGGACCGGAGAGUGUAGCGCUUACAUGCCGCACUGACGAGGACGUUCCCGGUGCACCCCCUCGGCGAGUGGAGGUGGAGGUGAUCAACUCCACUGCACUAAAGGUGAUGUGGCGCUCGCUGUUGCCCGGGCGACAACACGGCCAGAUCCGUGGUUACCAGGUGCACUAUGUGCGGGUGGAGAACGGUGAAGCACGUGGGCUCCCGCUCAUCAAGGAUGUAAUGUUGGCUGAUGCGCAGUGGGAAACGGAUGAUACAGCCGAAUACGAGAUGGUGAUCGGGGGCUUGCAGCCGGACACCACCUACUCCAUCACAGUGGCAGCCUACACCACCAAAGGAGAUGGAGCACGCAGCAAACCUAAACUGGUGGUGACCAAGGGAGCAGUGCCAGGCCCUCCCUCCCUCUGGGUCCAUCAGGACUCGGAGAGCUCAGCUGUGGUACGUUGGCUCCCUCCCGAACUUCUUGCACCUGGUCUGGAGCUCCUUGGUUAUCGCCUCCAGUUUGGCCGUGAAGAUGUCCCACCAUUGGCGACGCUGGAGUUUGCACCAUAUGAGCGUGAGUUCUCUGUGUCCAGCAUGCACCGGGGCGCCACCUACAUCUUCAAGAUUUCGGCCAAGUCGCGUUCUGGUUUUGGUGAGGAGGCCAAACAGGAGCUGAGCCUUGAUGAAGAGGCGCCACAUGGCUAUCCACACAUCAGCGACGCCUCCAAUAUCACCUGCUGCUCAGUGCAAUUCUCCUGGCUGCCUCCAGUUCUGGCCGAGCGCAAUGGCGCUAUCACAGAGUACACGCUGGCAUAUCAGGAAACGGGCACCUCCAGUAUGCCCCUAGAGCUGCGCCUGCCAGCCAACGAACACAGCUACACUUUGAACAGCCUGAAACCGGACUCUGUUUAUGACGUGAAAAUUCGUGCACACACCAGCGUAGGUCCCGGGCCCUACAGCCCGACCGUCCAGUAUCGCACAGUGGCCCUCACCACAGAUGUUCCUAAAAACUUCACAGUUAAGUUGGUCACCAAGACAACAGUGCUGCUGGCAUGGAAGUUUUCCGACAGCCGCUUCCCAUACCGCUGCAUGAUCGAAUACAACCGCCAGAAAGUGGACAUCGAUGCCCGCAUGACCAAAGCUCUCAUCACCAACCUGAGAGCCAACAGCACCUACGAGUUCCGCAUCACGUGCCCGGACAGUGGCGACGGAGGCCCCAGACACCGGCUUGUGGCUCGCACCGCUCCCUUUAUCCUCACCAACAAACCAGAGCUGGACGUGAGGAGGGAACCGGACAACACCGUCAGCAUCAUCCUCCCUCAGCUUGAGACCAAGGACAUGAUCAAGUCUGUCUAUGUGGUAGUGGUUCCACUGAAGAAAGGCAGAGGGCCGAUAAGACACAUCAAGAGCCCUGAUGAAAUGGAUCUGGAGGAGCUGUUGAGGGACGGGAAUGUGAAGCAGAGACACAUGCGGACAACGCGGCAGCUGAGCCAGGUAGAUGUGAAGAAGCCGUACAUCGCCGCCAGCUUUAAACCCAGCACCGUGCCUCCAACUUUCACACUGGGCAACCAGAUGGUCUACAACGGCUAUGAGAACCGCGUUCUGGAGCCGGGACAGGACUACGUCUUCUUCAUUCUGGCCGAGCUGAACUCCACCAGUGCGAAAAUGUUUGUGGCCAGCCCUUACACUGACCCCAUCAUGGCCCCUGACGUGGACCCCCAGCCCGUGGAGACGGGUGGAGACGGCCUCAUCUGGGUGGUGGGACCAGUCCUGGCUGUGGUCUUCAUCAUCUGCAUCGUCAUCGCCAUUCUUCUCUAUAAAAACAGCAAAAGGAAGGAAUCAGAGCCACGUACCAAAUGUCUGCUCAACAAUGCUGAGAUCACACCACACCAUCCCACCGACCCUGUGGAGAUGAGGCGCAUCAACUUCCAGACUCCAGAUUCGGGUCUGAGCAGCCCUCUAAGUGAAGCCACUUUUGACUAUGAAAGAAUGAUGAACCAUCCACCCAUCCCCAUCACAGAGCUGGCAGAACACACCGAGCUGCUCAAAGCCAACGACAACCUGAAACUCUCACAGGAGUACGAGUCCAUCGAUCCAGGACAGCAGUUCACCUGGGAGCACUCCAACCUGGAGGUCAACAAACCCAAGAACCGCUACGCCAACGUCAUCGCCUAUGACCACUCUCGCGUUAUUCUGGCUCCAAUUGAAGGCAUCGCAGGCAGCGACUACAUCAACGCUAACUACAUUGACGGCUACAGGAAGCAGAACGCCUACAUCGCCACACAGGGCCCACUGCCAGAGACAUUCGGGGAUUUCUGGAGGAUGGUGUGGGAGCAGAGAGCAGCUACCGUGGUCAUGAUGACUCGGUUAGAGGAGAAGUCACGGAUUAAGUGCGAUCAGUACUGGCCAAGCCGAGGGACGGAGACAUACGGCAUGACCCAGGUCACCUUGCUGGACACCAUCGAGCUGGCCACCUUCUGCGUACGCACCUUCUCCUUACACAAGAAUGGUUCUAGUGAAAAGCGUGAGGUACGUCAGUUCCAGUUCACAGCAUGGCCGGAUCAUGGCGUGCCCGAGUACCCGACGCCCUUCCUGGCAUUCCUGAGGAGGGUAAAGACCUGCAACCCACCUGACGCAGGGCCCAUCAUAGCCCACUGCAGUGCCGGCGUGGGCCGCACCGGCUGUUUCAUAGUCAUCGACGCCAUGCUGGAGCGCAUCAAGCACGAGAAGACGGUGGACAUCUAUGGUCACGUGACGCUGAUGCGCGCCCAGAGGAACUACAUGGUGCAGACGGAGGAUCAGUACAGCUUCAUCCAUGAUGCCCUGCUGGAGGCCGUCGCCUGCGGCAACACAGAGGUCCCCGCCCGCAGCCUCUUCUCCUACAUCCAGAAACUGGCUCAGGUGGAGAUUGGAGAGCACGUCACAGGCAUGGAGCUGGAGUUCAAGAGACUGGCCAACUCUAAGGCCCACACGUCUAGGUUUAUAAGUGCCAACCUGCCCUGUAACAAGUUCAAGAACCGCCUGGUGAAUAUCAUGCCGUAUGAGACUACCCGAGUGUGCCUUCAGCCAAUCAGAGGGCUAGAAGGCUCAGACUACAUCAACUCCAGCUUCAUCGAUGGAUAUAGGCAGCAGAAGGCCUACAUAGCCACCCAGGGCCCAUUAGCUGAGACCACAGAGGACUUCUGGCGCAUGCUGUGGGAGAACAACUCCACCAUUGUGGUGAUGCUCACCAAGCUAAGGGAGAUGGGCAGAGAAAAGUGCCAUCAGUACUGGCCAGCAGAGCGCUCCGCUCGGUAUCAGUACUUUGUGGUGGACCCCAUGGCUGAGUACAACAUGCCCCAGUACAUCCUCCGAGAGUUUAAAGUUACAGACGCAAGGGAUGGACAGUCUCGGACUGUACGGCAGUUCCAGUUCACUGAUUGGCCAGAGCAGGGAGUCCCCAAAUCCGGGGAAGGUUUCAUCGACUUCAUCGGCCAAGUGCAUAAAACCAAGGAGCAGUUUGGUCAGGACGGUCCCAUAUCUGUCCAUUGCAGUGCUGGUGUGGGCCGGACCGGAGUGUUCAUCACACUCAGUAUCGUGCUGGAGCGGAUGCGCUACGAGGGAGUGGUGGACAUCUUCCAGACGGUCAAAAUGCUGAGAACCCAGCGGCCAGCCAUGGUGCAGACUGAGGACGAGUACCAGUUUUGCUAUCAGGCAGCUCUUGAGUACCUAGGAAGCUUUGAUCACUAUGCAACGUAAAAAGCCAUCUCCUUCCCCCCUGCCCAGCGCCCCUCUACAGCCUCCUGAGCCAUAGGAACCUGCUUGAAACAAUUGAAACAGUGACAACUACACAAACAAAAACCCACCCAACAUAAAAAAAGAAAGAAACCCUGUUGUGAAAUAAAAACAAAACUACAGCGUGUAUUUAGUUGUGGAUUCCAGAACCAUCAUCAAAAAAGUGCAAUGCUAAUUGGACAGAGCCCAUACCGAGGCAGCUUUAAGGAUCCGUUCAGAAACCAACUCCCUGUACAUCUUCAAUCAUGAGAUGGACCCAAAAGUAUUGGCUCAGGCCGCAGGGUGGGAAUGAUCUGUAAGUCGGACCACUAACUUUACCUCAAGUGUUCUGAUAUGGAGGAUAUUAUUAAUCUAUCUCCAGAAGUAUAUCUCCAAACCAAUCCCGUAAAGAUACAACAAAAAUAAUCAGCAAGUGAAGGAGGAGCUAAAGUUCAGGACACGCCUACACGUGUGCUUCAGCGAAUGAUCGAAGGGGAUGUGAUCGCACUGAUGAGUGGUGAGGUGAUUGAGCUGAGAUCCUUCAGUGUUUACAGUGGGCACUUGCCAAUUCCGGAUGUUUCUCAACUAGUUGGAUCAUGGUGAUGGCAGCAGAAGGAGGAUAGUUAUUUAGUGAAAUAGGCAGGAUUUUUGUCUAAAGUCUCUACAAUCUCAUCCAUUUCAAGACAUCGAGGCAACUCGUGUUCGUCUUAUAAAAAGAGUUCAUUCUCCAGAAGUUGUUUCGGUGCUUUUUGGGACAAGCUAGCCAAUGUCUUCACAAUACGCCAAUGUAGCUUUGUCUUGAAACCGUAUGGAGGCGACUGGAGCGUGACCCUGACAGUAUCUUCAGCCAGGACCAAACGAUUCUCCUCCGAGUUUUCUCUGGAUUGUAGUAUACGUUACCUUUGACUGGUUUUCCCACUGCCGAGUGCCGUGUGGUUCAGAACCUGGUAGACGUGGACCACCACCACCACACGCAUGGAAUCAUGGGAUUGGUACUCCAAUGACCAACAUUCACCAUGAUUCAUUGCCUUGAAUCUGGAAAGACUUUUCCUUAGACAAGAAAGACGAACUCUUGCCUUGUGUGACCAACCCAACAACGAAAGUUCUCAGACGUUCCUGAAGACAGUCCACACCACAAUGGCUGCUCUCAGGGCUCCCUGAACACUUUUAAGGCCCGUCGUUUCAUCACGGCUUCAUUGACCAAUCACGAUAAAUCCGAACAGCAUCAUCACACAGAAAAAUAGCGGUACGACUUAACGUUCACAUCUCAGAACUUUUAACUAAGACUUGAACAUAUAUGUGUGUGAAAGGAACAGAGGAAUCUUCUCUUCCUCCACUCUCUGCAUAGGUCAAAAUGGUGUGUGUGUGUAUGUGUGUGUGUGUGUGUGUGUGUGUGUGUGUUUGUGUGUGUGCUGGAGAAUGCUUGAACAGCAGAGCUUUCAGAUUAGUGUGCAGCGGAAGAUAUUGAUUGCGCAGUGGAAGAGCCGUGUGUAGUCUUUUCUUAUUUCCAAAAAAGCCUUAUUGUUGUUGUAACAUUAUACAAAAUGACAUUGUUGUAUUAUUAUUAUUAUUACAAUUAACAUAAUUUCACUUUAUCUGUUUAGUUUUGUAACAGAUACAGAUACUGUACUCAUUUUUUUUCUUCUGUUUAAAUAGGAGGAGAGAAAGAGCUGGUUUUGUUCAUAUUAUGUUAAAAGACAUUCUAUUUUUUCACUAUAGAAAUGUGCAAUGUGGUUGUGUGUGGAUAUUUAUGCAUACACACUCACAUACACAGUAUAUUUAAAUGCAAAAUACAAAGAUGUAUCCAAAUCUUAGUAUGGAUAGAAUUUUUCCUGUAUUUUUAUUUCACUCAUGAACAUAUAUUCAUUUCUAGAAGUUUUUUUUUUUUUUUUUUUUUUUUUUUUUUUUUAUCAUGAUCUGGAGAAAUGCAGCUUGGCCUCAUUCUUAUUAUUCAGAAAGGUGUGAACUCAUAGGUUUGAUCUUUAUUCUUAUUAUCAUCAUUAGUAGUGUGUAGUAUGAGCUAAAAGUAUUAAUUUGCUUUUUUUUUUUUUGCUUUUUUUAUUAAAAAAAAAAAAGAGUAGGAUUUCUAAACAUGGACUUGAACAUUGACUUUUUAUUUCAACAUUUUUAAUAUUCAUGAACUGUAUCCAAUGUUUCACUUCUCUUGUGAAAAUGUCAUUUUUACUUUUUUUAUUUGACAUUAUCGUUGUUUUUUACUUUUAAAACCACAAGACUGAUCAUCAGCUUGUUAUGUACGAACAGUGAUCCUGAAUAUGAUGUGUAAAUAAACAAAUCUAGAUGAUAUGUAUUUGUAUAAUUUGACACACACCUUUUCUGUCUGUACAAUUAUGAAUUUAAAAAUGAAACAAACAAAGAAAGAAAACAAGCUAUCCAGCUUUCUCUGAGGAAUUUGAUGUUGUAGUAACUUCUUCAUCCCUGAUCCUUUCACUUGCACUCUUUUAUUUUUGUUAUAUUUUCUUCUUUUUUUUCUUUUCAAAUGAGCUCUGAGUGUCCAUCCCAGCGAACUCAGCAGUCAUGAAGUUUCUUUUUUCUCAGUGAUAACUGCUUGAAGCUGAUCCUACAAUGCAGUAACAAAUUUCUGUUCCCCUUUGAAUAAAAUAAAUUAUGUUUGGAUAAUGAAUCUGGGAAGGGCUUGUGUGCUUGGUGCAUACACUCGAACAUGAAGACAUAAUGGACUGACUGCACAAAUUUGCCUUUGAACGAAUGUGAAUUCACUGGUGUGUGGGAUCACGUCACAGAUCAGUUUAUUGGGACUAGUCUCUCAGCACUGCCCAUUUUCUUCAUUCUUCCAUUUUAACCACUGCAGGCUGAUUCACCGAGAUUUCAGUCUGUACUAUAAUGCUUGAAUUUAUUUUUUUUUAUUAUUAUUCUUUUUCUUGGAAAUCUUUAUUUCUUGCUAAAGUUUGGAAGGAGGGAGAAUUCUGGAAUCUGGAAAUUCCAGCGCUUUCUCCACAAGACGCUCUUCUAUACGAAAGGACACACAUAUCUCUGGAGCUCCUAAUAAAAAUUUGGAGGUUUAAGGAAUGUUGGGAUUUUUUGACCUAGUGUUUCGAUCCUUGAUCUCUGACAACAUCAGCCAAAUGACUGACAUAAAACUUCAGAUUGAUUAGGGAAAGUCCCGACUCCCACUCCACUACACAUAUAAAAGCGACUGUAUUGACAAAAAAAGAAGAAAAGCCAAAAUUCAAAAGUGAAAAUGUUUGUCUUUGUACGAAAGCCAAGUGAUACUGCUUUCAAACUGUUACUUCUAACGGAAACAAUAAUUGGUUUAAAAACCACUGUGUAUGUAGAUAUGUUGACUUUGUAUUAAAGAAAUGUUGUCUGAA